AUUAUCUGAUGUCUACUACAUUCACUCAUAAUUCUUGAAAGUUUUUUCUUUGAGUAUUUUAUUUGUCUAUUUAGAAGAAAUAAAUUCGUUUUGUCUGAUACUUUCCGUAUCAUCUAACAACUAUAUGUAACAAAUAAAAUAUACACACAUAUGUACAUUGCCAAAAAUAUCAGCGCCACUAUUCAUACUCCAGCAAACUCUAGCCCUUACCAGUUACAACUUACAACGAAUAACGUACACAUAAAAAAAAACAGCAGGUGAUCAGAGAUACAACAGAUUAUUGUCUGAAAAAAUAACACAUAUAUAAAUAAACAAUACAUAUAAAAAUAACAAGUGAUUUAAAAUAAAAAUUGUGACAAUGAACCCAUUUGUAGUUAAAUAAUUAUUUUAAAAAUGGCCUUUGGAUCUGGUGAUGCAAAAUGUAUUCCUGACAUCAGUAAUCAACUGAAUAAUAAUUUCGAAACAAUAAAUGCUACUAUGAAUCCCAAUUAUUCAUCUUAUAAUUGUCGUACGAUUCAUCAAAUUGAUGAAAAUCAUGAUGUCAAUAGUUAUAAUAAUAAAAAUAUAAAUCAAUCAUCGACUCGAUCCAAUGAAAAUAAUCGAACAAUUAAAAAAAUUGAUGUUGCGACAAUGACUGAUCCUUUGUCAAUUGAUUUUCGACGUACUUCUGAAUAUUUAGCUCGCUGUUCUAAUUCACUUGGACUUUCUCGAUCAUUUGAUUCAAAUUUAACAAACAGUAUUGAUGGUACGUUAAUUUACCAUUGUCCAGAAUGUCCAAAUAAAUUUGAAGAUCGUGAUUUAUUUAAUGAACAUUUAGAAAAUCAUAAACAACGGCCUCAUAUUUGCGAUAUUUGUGGUGCUAGUCUCAAACGCAAAGAACAUUUAGAUCGUCAUAAGCAAGGUCAUAACAAAGACAGGCCUUAUAAAUGUACAUUGUGCUGCAAGGCUUUUAAACGAAAUGAACAUUUAGCUAGACAUACGAUUAUUCAUUCUGGUAGUAAAAAUCAAAUAUGCACAAAAUGUGGUAAAGCUUUUUUUAGAAAAGAUCAUCUGAAAAAACACAUUCAAAGCCAUAAUUCUAGUAAUAAAAUUGUUGUUGAAUCACAAACAACUAAUCUUCAAGAACGUAGUAGUCCUCAUGAAACACUCGAUAAUAUUGCGAUGAUGGUCCGACAAUUAAGAGCACCACCUUUUUCAAUAUUACGUACUUAGAUAUUUUUUUUGGUUUUUUAUUUAUUAUUAUCGAUAUUUAAUUUACAAACGAUUUAAUUUUUAAUAAUACACAUGAGCAGAAAGUAAUUAUUAGAAAGUAAAUGUUUUUUUGGAAUAAAGAAUUUAUUUUUAAUAAUUAUUUGAAUUAAUUAAAUAUUCCCUGGUGGAAAUAUUUUUCUAAAAAAAUUUUGAAUUUGAAUUUCAAGUUUAACUAGAUUUUAUUUAAAGUGUAUUUGUAUAAAUUAAGAAUCAAAUUGUUUUAUUAAAUUUUUUACUUGAAAAAAAAAAAUAAUUUUUUUAUUACAAAAGUUGAUCUUUAUUUUUACAAAUUUAAAUAAUUAGAAGAAUGAUAUUUUUUAAUUAAAUUUAUCAAUUUUUAAUACCGAAAAAUUAUUGGGAAUUCUUGAGAACAAAACGAAUUCUUUAAUAAAAAAAAAGUCUUGUUAAAAGUAAUUUUCGCUCAGUAUAGUUUUAAAAUAGAAUAUAAUAUCGCUUGAGAAAAAAAAGUAGCGGCAGUACAAUUGGAAUAAUUUUAUAUAUUGAAUAAAUGUUUUUAAAUAAUUAUGAGUAUGUGUGAUUUAAUGUGAUAAUUAAAGAAUAAGAUGCAUUUUGCUUUUUUUAUGACUAACGCAAAAUAAUUAAAAAAUAAAGACUUACGCUUUAGAAUAAUUAAUUGGAAGGAAAUGACAGCCGAGAAAUUAUCAAUUAACAGUAUUGUGAAAUCAUUUCGAUACUUAAACAAUUGUCAAUAAUAAUAUCAAUUAAAAAUUUAAUUCUUAACUUGACAUGUAAUAAAUAAAAAACUAGAUAUAGUAAAAUUAAAAUAUUACUCAUUAAAUUACUAAUUGAAUAACGAAAUAAAAUAAAUUAUAAGCAAUUGUACUGUUUAAAUUAAAUUACUAAUGAAAAAUAAGUUUAAAAAUCAAACAUUAUUUAUUAACUUAGAUAAUAAAUAGAUUUCGUUAUUACUACAGUAAAUUUUAUAUGAUUUUUUACAA